AUGGAUGCCAUAUUGAAGGGCUUGAAUGCUGCUCAGUCUGCCGCCGUUACAUCCACAGCUCCAGUAUUGCAAGUCCUCGCGCCGCCAGGAUCAGGCAAAACCAAGACUCUCACCGCACGCGUCGCCUACCUUCUUGCUCAUCAUGGAUACCAACCAUGGAACGUCAUCUGUUGUACUUUCACCAUCAAAGCCAGCAGGGAGAUGCGAACCAGACUGAAAAGUUUGAUUGGAGAACGGCUUGAGUCGAAGCUCUUACUGGGCACGUUUCACUCAAUAUGUCGUCGUUAUCUCGCCAAUUAUGGCUAUCUUAUCGGUAUACCCAAGGGCUUCCAGAUUGCUGACUCUUCCGACUCUCUGGCUAUACUCACGCGGGUAAUUAAGCGCCUGAAUGUAUCGCUUGAACCUAGAUCAACCAGAACUCGCAUAUCACGGUGUAAAGCCAAAGCCCAAAAUGUUGAUGAACAUCUACAGCAACCACCAAGAAAGAAAGCAAGCGCGGAUGAGCAGGAAUUUCUGCAGGUCUAUGAAGAAUACCAAAAUGCCCUUGCAGCUUCGAAUUUGCUUGAUUACGACGAUCUCUUAAUCCGCUGUGCUGACCUUCUGCGAGCUCGUCCCGAGUGUGUCGGAAACGUCGAAGCUGUACUGAUCGACGAAUUUCAGGAUACCAAUACUGUCCAAUUAGAGCUCAUGAAGCUUCUCGCCGGCAAGAACAGACGAGUCACAAUCGUUGGUGACCCAGACCAAAGCAUCUACGGGUUUCGAUCAGCAGAGAUCCAGAAUCUUACUCGCAUGCAGCGAUACUACCCUGACACUUCCGUCAUACAUCUGGAGGAGAACUAUCGCUCGUCCGCAGCUGUGCUGUGCUGCGCGCAGGAGGUGAUCGAACAGGAUACCGUGCGGCCGAAUAAGAGGCUCAAGGCUACUCACUGCUAUGGUACCUUUCCCGUGUUGCGGAGGCUUCCGUCUGCCCAUGAUGAGGCGAAGUGGAUAGUUGCUGAGAUCAAGAGAAUGAAAGCUAUGACUGGGAACUUGACCACUUUCUCUGACUACGCCAUUCUGAUUCGUUCUGCCCACCUGUCUCUCCUCAUCGAAAAUGCAUUGGGAAAAGCAGGGAUGCCAUACCGAAUGGUCGGGGGCUACCGGUUCUUUGAUCGAGAUGAGAUCCGAACCCUUCUCGACUACCUCCGAACCAUCAGCCAGCCGAACAACAACGCUGCCCUGUCGGCUAUCAUUAACGUCCCGUCAAGGAAAAUUGGGGAAGAAUCUUUGAAAGAGCUUCUACGCCUGGCUGAUGAGAGUGGAACUUCCCUGUGGUCAGUCAUACAGAAGUAUACCCAAGGAGAUUUGACCAUGAAAAAGAAAUUGAGCCGGCCAGCGGAGCAAAACCUCUGCAAACUUAUAGCGCUUGUCAAAGAAGCCAAGAAAAGGAUGGUCAAUGUAACAGCUGAGAGUACGGCGAAAUUUCUGCUUGAGUUCUGUCUCAACAAACUAUCAUACAAAGAGUACCUACAAGGCAAGCAUGCCGGAGACCAUGAAAACAGAUGGGCAAAUGUUGAAGAACUUCUGAAUCAAGCUAAUGAUAUCGCUGAAAGUGGUUCUAACAGAAAUGGAGUAGAUUCUGAGGAAAGCCUGCCAGAGAUUGAAGGGCUCGACAAACAGCAGUCGGAUAGCAACGACGAGGCCCUUGCAACUUUCCUCGCGAACAUCACAUUAUCUUCAGACUUGCAGGCCACGGAAGACAAUCAGGAGCAAGAAUGUAUCACCAUAUCUACCAUCCAUUCGGCGAAGGGGUUAGAAUGGCCUAUUGUCUUCAUUCCAGCGGUCUACGAAGGUUCAAUACCUCAUUCUCGAGCUGAAGAUACCGACGAAGAACGUCGCCUCCUCUAUGUGGCAAUGACUCGUGCUCAAGCUCUGCUCUACCUCACGUGUCCGUUGCGACAGUCUCGCAGUGAUACAGAGACUACGCUUUCGUCUUUUCUGCCCCUGAAGCUGCAUCGACAUUUCGUUCAGAUUGGUCCAGUGGUGACGGACAAGGUCGUUCGUGAUAUUGCCCUGAUUUUGCGACGCUCACCACCGUCAGAAGAAGAACUCCUCAAAGGUCUCAAAAGCCUGUCGGAGAGGGAGAGUUCGGGGGAUAAUCUCUGGCCGGCUGACGGCUCUGCAAAGCCAAAGCAGUGGUGGGAUUUUGAGGACGAAGCUACUUCAACUCGACACAAAGUGGAUCUCAACACUGACAGACAACACAACAUUCACAGUAAUCGGAUGCACUACAGUGACUUGAAAGCCGGAACGACGAUGACGGAAACCACCAUGACCGGCUCGAGUUCUUUCUCUCUGGCCGGCAUUUCCGUUGGUUUCUCGACAGCAGCCCGCCAUCUUGAACUCACUCAAACACAGGUGCAAGAUGAGAUGAUUUGUCGAGAGAGGGAAAUUACUACUUCAAAGCGGACUACGGUAGCCAAGUCGAGGCGUGGAAAGACAAAGGCCAGCGGCGGUCAGGGAAGCCUUGCUAACUUCUUUGCCCAUGGAAGUUUCGGUUCCACCACUGAACGACCUGCAUCCAAACCACUACCAGAACCAGAGCUCCCAAGCUAUAUUAAUGCACCGCUUAAACAAGAAGAUCACAAUAUACCUACAGUUUUCACCUCUCAUAAGCUUUCAACUAAGCCGGCGUCUCUUAAACGGCCUCAACCUCUGGCAGAGAUACCUAAUGGAAAGCGAAAGCCAUACGGUUUCUUAUCCAGCUCACCUUCUCGAGAAGUGCCUCCGGAUCAGUCAUUCAAAGGUAGUUGCGGUGGUGACACCAACAGAGCAACUGGUCCGGAAAGCAUUCUUUCAUCGACCAGCAAAUCAACCACCACGAUGCAUACGACUUCGGUGGAUAUGUUAAGGCUGCAAAGCGCUCCGGGACGGCGGAAGACCUAUGGCGUCCGUCGUAUGAUGAACGGCUGGGAGAACCGCAAGAAUCAUUGA